UUCCGAGUGGUUUGAACUUUUUCGACGAGUGUGCUGUGUACAUAUGCAUUAGUGGUUAUAAAAUUGUUAGAAAAAAUGGAUUAAUCAAUUUGAGAAAUUAGUAACUUAAGUGAUAAACAAAAACAAUUAAAAACCCAAAGGACAGUACGCUGAAAUUGAACAUUUUGGGACAAUGUACUUUUGUACUUUUUGUUAUGGAGAUGGAGGUGUAUGUGGAAAAUCGAUAUAGCAAUUUUCGGUCUGUAAACAGGCUUAAACAAAAAUAAAGAUGGAGUGAAAAAACAGUAUAUUGCAUUUAUAAAAUUAAAUCCAUCGAACCUGCCAAAAUCGGAAAAUAUCAAUUCUUCGAUUAUGAGUUCGAAUGGCAGUGACCUGGGGCACAAUAAUAGGCGGAAUGAGAAGGCCAAUCCCGACAACGUCCACUCCUCGAUGCGUGGGAGUGGCGGCAUGGGCAUGAGUUCCACCCGCCGGAAGUCCAUUAACUUUCAGAAUCAGCUGCAACUGGCGUUGGAGUCGAAUGAGUGCGAUGUGAUGUACUGCAGCCUUUCCUCAGGCCGCUUUCGCACUCCGAAUGGCGAGAAUUACCCGCCACACGGGGGCAAGCUGAAGUUAUCGCCGCUGGAGAAGUACGAUGAUGCGAAUAGGGGCGUGCCGCCGCCCUCGCCGGCUCCAAAUAGCGAUUGCUUCGCCACCUGUGUGGCCAAUCAGCUGCCUUCGCAGUCGUGCACUGUUGGGUCCCUCAAGCCAGAUACUUCGGUGUUGCAGAAGCACGGAAUGGGUGGGAAUGGAAUGGGCAACAGCGGAAUGGUUGGGAAUGGGAACUAUCAUCAGCGCGGAGUUUCGCCCAAUUCCAGAUACCGUUUGGAGCGCUAUCGCGAGUCGCAGCCAAGCAACCAGACAUCAGCAGUGCCCUCGGCCUCUUCCACCUCCCGUCUCCUGCUGCCUUCCAAUGUACCCUUGCCGCUCUCGCAGUGCGAGAACUACAAUGCCUACCUGGGAUCCACGGUGCACACGCCGGUCAAGCGGUAUGUGCCCACCCCGCCACCCGCAAUGGAGAUCUACUCGGAUCUAAGCAUGUCCUCCUCCUCGCCGGCGGGCAACCUGCCCACUCCCGCCGCCGCUGCUGCCGUGGCCGCCGCCUCCUCCUCCUCCGCAUCCUCCUCCUCCGCUGGGCAGUCGCAGUACGCCAAUAUGCCCUAUGCCAGCUACCGCUCCAAGUGCUGCCACAGUGAAGCCUCGCACGGCAGCCUCAGCCGCACCUCGCAGACCUACGCCAGCUGCUCGCCGGCCUGCACCUCGCCAUCGCCGGCUCCUUCGACCAGCAUGUCGAUGGUCUUCUCGGCGGCCAGCUCCUGCUCGCCCAUCAUGACGGCCACCACAGGAGCCUCGCGGUCGGGUAACCACCGUGGCGAUGAUAGCGACUCCGUGAUUGUGGUGGCCCAAGGAGGAGGCUCCGUGGCCCAGAUGGAAGUGGAAAAUCCCGCGGCAACUUGCCUGCACUGCAAUACAGUGCGUCGCACGACGGGCGUGCAUCAGACCACCCAGACCACGGGUCCCAUUAGUCCGGUGCCCAUAGCCCUGCCCGUGCCCUUGGCCAUGCCAGUGAUCUCCGCCGGUCUGGGUGAGCAGAUGCCCAGCCAGAACCUGGAGGCGAAAAGGCUUGAGCCUCCGGCAUCGAGCCAACACCAGCUGUACCGCAGCCAGAUGGUUAGUAAUCCACGCCUGCAGCACAUCCACCACCAGACGCAGCAGCACCAGUCGCUCCAGGUGCUCCCGCAGCCGCAGCAGCUGCACCAUUUGUCCUGCAAGAAGAGGAUUGGGAUCUACAUGCGGCGCACCACCUCGCAGUUCUUUGGCGUGGAGCCCAGCACCGAGGUGGCGGACUGUGCCCUCUGGCAGGGACGCCAUCGCCGCCUGGCCAUCCGCUGCUUCGGGAUGUUCGACACCGAACUGGAGUACCACAUGCAGCAGGCGGCCGCUGGCGAGGAUGCGGGUCAGGGCAAUGGAGGUAACAGCAACUAUGCACCGGAUAGACCGGAUAUCCUGCCCGUUCAGGAUGCCCUGGGCAUGGACAUGACGCUAUCGGGGGAUAACAGGCGGCAGAAGUGCUACACCAAUCGGGAUUUCCUCGCCGGGGAGUUCGUGGAGCGCAAGGCAUCGGUGGGCUACAUGUUCGUGGCCAUGGUCAGCUACCUGGUGCACAUGUUCAACAAGCGGCGGCCCAUCCAGAUGCACCGGGUGCGGUGUCCCUGGCAGUGGUCCCGCAGCUUUGCUCCGCUCCACGUGACCUCGCAUGGCAAUCAGCAGGCGGAGGGGGAGUGCUUAACGGAUGGUUUGGAGGCCAUCAUAGAUGACGAGGUGUUCUUCGAUAGUCCCUGCGAGAUUACCGGCGCGACGGUGAACGAGGAGAGCUCCGAGAUGGGCGGCAGGCAGGCAACCAAGACGAGACCCUGUGGAGAAGUGGGCGUGAGUGUCUACAUGGCGGAGAGGCAGCAGAACGGGUGGAGAACCUCCGCUUUGAAUAGCGGUGGCACUGCCAGCAGUGAUAUCAAUCUAACCGGGGAGCAGAACUCGCAUCCCGCUGGCCAAGCUCACAUUCCACUCUGCAGCUCGGUCUCCAGCCAAAUGCAGCCUGCGAUGAGGAGCUCCCAUUCGACCACCUCCACCUGCAAUCGGGGCAAUCGCAUUACGGCUCAGCUGCUCGAUGGCGUCCUGGAGAACUCACGACGUCCGCCGCUCCGUUGCAUCAAGUACUUCUCGGUGAACGACUUGGAUGAUCGCACCGAUCAUCGACCCUUCUUCACCUACUGGAUCAACACGGUGCAGGUGGUGGUGCUCAUCCUCUCGAUCAUCUGCUACGGCAUCGCUCCCAUUGGCAUUGGUUCGGAGCAGAAGACCGGGCAGGUGCUGGUCACCAGUCUCAGUCUGCAGACGGUUCAGCAUGUGGAGCAGCGGAACCUUUGGAUCGGCCCCAGGCACAUUGACCUGGUGCACAUGGGCGCCAAGUUCGCCGCCUGCAUGCGACGCGACAUCAAGAUCACCGAGGUGGUCACCAAGACCAGGCGACACGAGAGGGAGACGGCCUGCUGCAUUCGGAACGAUGACUCCGGAUGUGUUCAGAGCUCCCAGGCGGAGUGCUCCAUCCGAGGACUCUACCCUACGAAAUCGAUAUCUACGUGGAAGAAAUGGUCUCCCAGUGAGUCGGGACCGGGAGGAAGGAUCUCCGGUUCGGUCUGCGGACUGGAUCCCAAGUUUUGCGAUGCCCCCGCAUCGAUAGCUCCCUACGAAUGGCCCGAUGACAUCACCAAGUGGCCGAUCUGCCGGAAGACCAAUUCGUUUACCCAACGAUAUCGCUACAAGGACCAUACAUCCGAGCACAUGGUGUGCGAGGUGAUUGGACAUCCCUGCUGCACGGGUUUAUAUGGAGAGUGCCGGAUAACGACCCGCGAAUACUGCGACUUUAUAAAGGGAUAUUUUCAUGAGGAAGCCUCGUUGUGCUCACAGAUAUCGUGCCUAAACAAUGUGUGCGGAAUGUUCCCAUUCAUUUCCGUGGAAACUCCGGAUCAGCUGUACCGACUGCUCACAUCGCUCUGCAUGCACGCCGGAAUCCUGCAUCUGGCCAUUACCCUUAUAUUCCAGCACUUGUUUUUGGCCGAUUUGGAGAGGCUGAUUGGAACCGUUCGCACAGCGAUUGUCUAUAUAAUGUCGGGCUUUGCUGGAAAUCUAACGAGUGCCAUUCUAGUGCCCCAUCGUCCAGAGGUUGGACCCUCUGCAUCUCUAAGUGGUGUGGUGGCCUCGCUGAUUGCCCUGCUGGUCUGGAUGCAUUGGAAGUAUCUGCACAAGCCCCACAUUGCGCUCUUCAAACUGCUGCUCCUGUGCAGCGUAUUAGUCGGAAUCGGAACACUGCCUUAUCAGCUGAACUUCCUGGGAUUGCUGGCUGGAGUGAUUUGUGGCUGCCUUUUAACCGUGUCCCUAGUGCCAUUCACCACCUUCUCGAAAUACGGUCGUAAGAAAAAGAUAAAUCUCAUUUGGACCUGCGUUCUGUUUCACCUCGUCGUGUACACCGCUAUGAUUGUGACCUUUUACAUUCACCCCAGCGAAUUCCACUCCAUUAGCUUUGUAGAUAUGUUUAGUAAUAACAAUGGAUACGAAAAUUUCACCAAUACCGAUCAUCAUGGCGUUGAUGUGGUCAGCAGCAAUACCCGAUACUCGCAGACGCAGAACUCCCAAUAUUAUUAUCAUCAUCACUCGGAUGACAUUAUAAGGAAGAGCGUUACGUUUACAGAGAAAGCUCUUGUUUCGCACAUUUUAUAUCCCGCUGCGCCGCGGAAAACGAGCGCCCAACAAUGGCAGGAAGUAGAGUAUAGUCGUUCGUUUAAUCACCUUUCAAACUAUAGUGAUCGAAUUAAAAAAAGUAUUGGAAAUAUAUCAAAGCUUAAGCAAGUGUUCACUUCACCCAUUAGAUUCUCAAACAAGAACAACCACUCUAAUCUUAUGACUGAAUUAACAUCGGUGCACUCCGAGAAUAAACAGAAAUAUUUAGGUUACAUCAAUAAUACUGAAUUUAACGUCCUUUAAUAUUUUACAUAUUAAUCGAAUCAAUUCAUGACAAAAAUAAAUUUGACAAGUUUGAGUGCACAAAUAGAUAACAAUUAUAUGAAUAACGCAUUAAAUGUCUAUUUAUGUAUGUAUAAUCCGAACUUCAAAUGAAUAAAGAAUAAUUAGU